ACGACAUGGAAAGAAAGUGAGAGGUUUUCUUUUAAGUCUCCUCGCAGCUUCCAUUCGAAGGCACAACGGUUGACUGCAGGUCGGGAUCGCCAAAGACUGUAACAGAGGCGAACAGAGGUGUUGUGUCAGGAUCGAGGAGAAAGAUUUAGGGAAAGUUUUCAGAGGAAACCGCACAUUACCGGGCGGUAGCGAGCGGACGAGGUCUGUGUGUUCGCACAGGGAGAAAGUGGGAGAGACGGCUCUUUUGGGCGGAUUUUAAUGAAAUACAGCAGCUGUCGGACACACGUCUGCCACCCCUACCAACCCCGAGUUAGAUGCGUUUGACUUUAAGAUGCGGAGCGAACCCAUACUGUUCGCCUCGAGGGCGAUGGAGGAGUUGUUGGCAGAAUUGCGAGUCUUUCUGGAGCUGUUGGACAGAGAGUAUUUAACCGCAGGUGUGAGGGAGAAGAAACAACAAAUUUUAAACAUCCUACUCAGAGUUCUUGCCACUAAAGAACCCUCCUGUAAGACAGAGAUACACACUUCUCUCCCGGCUCCUCCUCAGAUGCCUCUGCCAGAAAUUCCUCACCCCUGGAUGCCUCCAGACAAUGGGCCUCCUCCUUUGCCAAGCUCCUCUCUUCCUGAAGGUUAUUAUGAGGAAGCUGUACCGCUGAGCCCUGGGAAAGCCCCAGAGUACAUCACCUCAAAUUAUGACUCUGAUGCCAUGAGCAGUUCGUAUGAGUCAUAUGAUGAGGAAGAGGAGGAUGGGAAGGGACAGAAGAUGCGUCACCAGUGGCCAUCUGAGGAGGCCUCCAUGGACCUGGUGAAGGAUGCGCGUAUCUGUGCCUUCUUGUUGCGAAAGAAACGUUUUGGACAGUGGACCAAACUGCUCUGUGUCAUAAAGGACAACAAACUGUUGUGCUAUAAGUCCUCUAAAGACCAGACUCCGCAGAUGGAGCUCCUUCUGUCUGGUUGCAGUAUCACUCACAUUCCCAAAGAUGGCAAGAAGAAGAAGCACGAACUGAAGAUUGUCCAUCAGGGUGCUGAUGCUCUGGUGCUGGCCGUCCAGAGCAAAGAGCAGGCUGAAGAGUGGCUUAAGGUGAUGAGGGAAGUGUGCGCAAAUGGAAAUGGAGCAGUGGACUGUGACGGAGUUGGCUCUGGAUCCCCUGUUCACAAAACAGAGCUGGAAAAGAAGCUGUCCUGUGAUAGACCCAGUUCAGAUGGAGAGCCCUGCCAUGAAAACGGCUUCUCAGAUGGCAAGGAUCCAGCCAAAGUCAAGAAGAACUCUAAAUCAGAGCAGAAAGGCACGGUGGGCCGGGUGACUGGAAAGAAAAUCACCAAAAUCAUCAGUCUGGGAAAGAAGAAGCCAUCCACUGAUGAACAGACCUCAUCGGCAGAGGAGGAUGUCCCAACGUGUGGCUAUCUGAAUGUGCUGUCCAAUAACCGCUGGAGAGAGCGCUGGUGCCAACUGAAAGACAACCAGCUGUUGCUGCACAAGGACCGGGCAGAUCUAAAGACGCACAUGGCCUCUCUGCCGCUGCGAGGCUGUGAGGUCAUUCCAGGGCUGAACUCCAAACAUCCCUUCGCCUUCCGUCUGCUGCGCAAUGGACAGGAGGUGGCCGUUCUUGAGACCUCCUCCUCUGAGAGUAUGGGGAGAUGGUUGGGGGUCUUGCUGGCAGAAUCAGGCUCCACAACAGAUCCUGCUGCGCUGCACUACGAUUACAUUGAUGUGGAGACCACUGCUAAUGUCAUUCAGCUGGCCAAGCAGUCAUUUUGUUUCACUAGCAAGCGUGCAGUUUCUCCAAACCCAUACAUGGAUAACCCAGUCAACGGUUACGCGUGCCCCACAGGGGUUGCUCUGCAUUAUGAUGAUGUACCCUGCAUCAAUGGAAUGCUGAAGGGAAAGAAAGCCCUGACCACCAAUGGGAUCACUGCUAAGCAGAAGUUGGACAAGAACCAACCCAAAAAGGCCAAUGGAACCAGCGGCACUCUGACAGUGAAACGCAACAAUUCUAGUGUGGAUCAGUAUAAGUACGGGAAAAACAGAGUGGAGGCAGAUGCUAAGAAACUCCAAGCGAAAGAGGAAGAGUUGAUGAAGAGGAAGCAGGAAAUUCGAAACCGCCUGACCCAGUUGAAAAAAGACAGGAAGGACCUACGCACUGCUGUAGAGAACAACACAGGUAAGCGUUCACAGGCAUCUCUGACAGAGAGACUGAAGAAAGUGGAGGAAGAAUGUAAACUAAAAGAGGAGGAGCGAGUAAAUCUGGAGCUGGAGCUGACGGAGGUGAAGGAAAGUCUGAAGAAAGCCCUGAAUGGAGGUGUCACCCUGGGCUUGACCAUUGAACCCAAAACGGGCAGCUCCAGCCCACAGUCUCCAGUGUUAAUGAGGCGAACGGUGGACAACUCGCCAAUCUCCAGCUGUGACACCAGUGACACCGAGACCUGCUCUCUGCCAGUCAACAGCGCCUCUCUGCUGCGCCGCCAGACACAACAGAAAGCCUCUACUGUGCGAGGACACGUCCUCAGGAAAGCCAAGGAAUGGGAGAUGAAAUCUGGCACAUAAAUCCCUUUUCACCUUUCACUUUCAUUAUAUCUAUUUAUUUAAUUUUGUCCAUAUAGGAGUGAUGUUGAAAUUGAAUUGACUGAACUAUAGACCUAUUUUCCAGAAUAUAAAUAAAUUCUGGAAGACAUUGACUGAGUCCAGUGCCCAAGUAACCAUCUAUUUUGCUAUUAUCAUCCAAACAUUAUCAUUGGACCAUGAUUUGACCAGAGCUAUUAAUAUGUACAUUUACAUUUAUCGCUUUCAUCCAAAAUGGAAAAACACAAAAAUUUGUGAUAUGAAAGCCUACAAUAUUGGCAGUGCCACAAUGGACCCUUUUCACCGACUGUGUUGAUGCGUUUCUACAGAGCCACUUAGAGGACAGGGUGGGAAUUUUUUUUAAUUUUUUUAUCUUUUUUUUUAUAGUUUUGUUUUCUCUCACAAUAGUUUGCGUUCCCUCGCAAUACAUUUACCAUGGUUUUACGACAGUAACCAUAUUUUAACCAUAAUAUUCGUUGUGAAACCAUAGUGAUAAUACAGGAAAGCGAUGGUAAUAAAAAUAAUAAUAAUAAUUUUGUGUUUAAUAAGAUUUUACUAUACAAAUACCAUAGUUUCAUUAUGGUUACUGUAGUAAAACCAAGGCUUUACUAUAUGUAACCAUGGAAGUUUCUUUUUAUUUAUUUAUUUUUUUUUUGCUGAAACAUGGUUUUACUAAUACUGUAGUAACCGUGAUUGUAGUAACUGUGUGUGUGUGUGUGUGUGUGUGUGUGUGUUGUUUUUUUUGUGUGGUUUUUUUGGCGAAAAUCAUGGUUUGUAGUAACCAUGAAUGUUGUAGGAUCACCCAUUUUAAAUUUUUUGGCAGAAGCCAUGGCUUUACUAUAGUAAUAUUGUAGUAACUAAUAAAGUAACCAUGUUUUUUUUGUUUUUUGGGGGGGGGGGUUAAUCAUGGUUAAUCUUGUGGUUACUAUGAUUUUACCAUGGUAGUUGUAGUAAAACCAGAAUAACCACAAAAUUAUGAUUUUUAUCACCAUGGUUUUCGUUUUCCUGUAUUAUUAAUAAGUUUUUACUAUGAAUAUCAAGGUUAAAAUAUGGUUACUGUAUUAAAACAAUGUACAGUAAAACCAUGGUAAAUGAUUUGCAAGGGCACACAAAAAUAUCACAAGGAAACGCAAAAAUAUUGCGAAGGAACGCAAAACUUAUUGUGUUGGCACGCAAAACUAUUUAAGGGCCUCUGUUCUUUUUUGACUUAUUCAGCAGCGUAAAUCUUGCAAACAUUUUUAUGAUUUCAUUUUUUUCUUUUAUUUUUUUAUGUAAAUUUAUAACAUUCUUGUUUGUGUUAUAUUACCUUGGCAUAAAAAAAAAAAAAUAGUCAAAUACAGUUUCAAAUACAGCUUAUAAAUGUCAUGAUCAUCACUCAUGAUCAUCUAUUUUUGUUUUUUUGUUACACAUUAUUUUGCUGUCUGUGUUACACAUAUAACAUGUUACUAAAAUUAAUUACUAUAGUAAUUAUAACAAUGUGUAUUUACAUGCAGCUGCACAGUAUGUACAGUACAUGUAGUUAAUUAAUACUACUUUGCACUUAUGUAAAUACACAGUAACCCAGACACUGUAAAAUAAAGUGUGACCCUUUUUUUCCUUCUUUUGGAAAGUCGUGGAAAUGUAGUAGUGGAUUUUUUAUUUUGUUGUUGGAGCAAAUGGAAGCAUAAAAAUAACAUUAGCUAUGGAGUCCCGUACCGCAACAGAAGUUUAAACCUGCUAUAGUUUAUUUCCGUGUUCCAAUACCGGAAAUGUGAGAAGGGUUUAUACCAAAUCUCGUUAGUAAACCAGAAUAGAACACAGCUAGGGCAACAGUGAAAUUGUAGAAAAAAAGAGAAAAGACAAAUUUGUAAACCAUACAGAACUUGUCUUAAAUGAUGGUCCUUAACUACAAUCUAAAUGUGCAUCCGGCAUAAUGUGAGGGAAGCUCACUGGUCUCAGUCGGUAAUCACUUGCGUCUAUAAAAAGUUUGUUUCUUUCUUCAACAAGAAGCCAUUAAUGGAAAACAAAAUCUCCAAGUAUUUAUUUGUAAAUGUUUAAGUGAAUAUAAGCCUCUCUGUGUUUGUCUGUGUUGAUAUUUAGCAAUGCCUUUCAUUUGGCUUCAUGCAAGUCAUAGAAAGCCACUACUAUUGGGAAUGGGGUAAUUGAUAAUAAAUGUAAACUACAGAACAUGAUCAUUCCAAGUUUGUUCUGUAGAAAAAGUGAAAUCUGUUUGAAAGUAUUUUACCAGCCUCUUCUCCUGCUCUGUGUCUGGCCCAUUAAUUUUGGCUGGAACAGUUUCUAUGGCAACAGCAGCCCAUGGGGAACAGGGCAGCUCAGGCAAGGGUGUGGCCCUCCGUUGGCUGGCUGCUCUGGAAACUGGGCUUGAAAAUACUGCUACACUUUCCCUUAAUGCUCCACUGAACACACACUGCAUGUAUGAAUUUGUACACCAUCACCAGAACACUGCAAUGCAUCACUACACUGACAGAUAAAGUACUGUAUGGUAACACAAAGAAAACUGCAUAUGUGAAAUGUCAUUUUAGUUUUCAGACUUUUUAAAGGUUCAGAUUCAAUAGCUUUUCAUAUGCAUGUCUAAGCACGAAGUAAUCUGUAAUGUCUGUAAUGGCAGCGAUCUUUAAAAAGUCUGAAUGUUUCAAGUUGGUUUUUGAAAGAAACCUGCCCAUACCUCUGUUACGCUGACAUACAAAAAAUGGUGCUUUUAAGCAAUGCUUAAACUGUUCACUCCUUAUUCAGCGUGAUUAUGGAGUUUUGGUGCUUUAUUUAGACUUGAAGAUUAGACUUUCAUAUUCAUCUUCAAGGCACAUUUAUAAAUGCUUAUUUAUCAUGCAGUGAAGCUCAGCUUUUGAUUUGAGGCUUCACAUUUUCAAGCUAUGUUACAAGCAGGCUUCAGCUAUUUUCAAAGGCAUGUGUAAAUAUAAUUCUUUUUUCUACUUGGGCCCAUAGAUUUUCAGAGAUGAUCUUUGUCCAGUCAUUUUGUAAACAUCAGCACUGGAUCAAGCUUUGUAAUCAGUAGGUUUUUUCUGACAAAGAGAAGCCUCUUUGAGAAUUAAGUCAUGGCUCUUGCUUAAAGUAGUUGAGAUGCUUCAGUUUUGCUGCACAACUACUAAAUAUUUGGUCGAUGACUUGUCUUUUUCCUUUCUCACUCUGCUGAAAUUAAGGUCAAAUGUCAUGGAAUGUGAACAGUUUUGCUUCAAGGGUGGGAGAAGGUGGAAGUAAACAGGUUUCAACACUAUUGUUUUUUUUGUUUGUUUUUUUUGCACCUUAUGGAUAUUAUAUUAAUUUUGCUGAUGACUGUUACCAACUUGGCAACAAAAGGAUUGUAUAUAGAAAUUAUUAAACUGCUUUUAAAAUUAAGUUUGUGUUUAUGA